AUGGUCGGUUCGUGUGCUUUGGAGGUGGACACAGCACAGAUGGACAGUGUGAUGUUCCAGCAGACUUGGGACCGGUUUUGGCAGUCGCUGCGGGCGCUUGGCACACCUGUGCAGUGCGAGCCGACGGUCGGUUGGCCUGCUUUGGAAAAAACGAGGAUGGACAGUGUAGUGCGCCAGCAGACUUGGGACCAGUUUUGGCAGUCGCUGCGGGAGUUGGGCAUACUUGUGCAGUGCGUGCAGAUGGUCGGUUGGUCUGCUUUGGAAACAACGAGCAUGGACGGUGUGAUGUGCCAGCAGCCUUGGGACCAGUUUUGGCAGUCGCUACGGGCGCUUUUCAUACCUGUGCAGUGCGAACAGAUGGUCGGUUGGUCUGCUUUGGAAACAACAAAUAUGGACAGAGUGAUGUGCCAGCAGACGUGGGACCAGUUUUGGCAGUCGCUGCGGGCGUCAGGCAUACUUGUGCAGUGCGAGCAGAUGGUCGGUUGGUCUGCUUUGGAAACAACGAGGAUGGACAGUGUGAUGUGCCAGCAGCCUUGGGACCAGUUUUGGCAGUCGCUGCGGGAGCUGGGCAUACUUGUGCAGUGCGAGCAGAUGGUCGGUUGGUCUGCUUUGGAAACAACGAGGAUGGACAGUGUGAGGUGCCAGCAGCCUUGGGACCAGUUUUGGCAGUCGCUACGG